UCGGAGCUUUCCGUGAGCGGCUUCCUGUCUGUGGCCAGUUGCUCCUGGGAAGAGGACGAGGGCAGACACACCCCUCUUCCAAACAGCCUCCAUCACCCCAGCGGUCACAGGGGGGCUGCCGGCAUGUCAGGGGAGGGUAACGAUGGCAACAAAGACGCCCAGCACAAUGGAGUGAGGAAGCACAGAGCAUCUCUGCCGGCUCCGAUGUUCUCCAGGAAUGACGUCAGCGUGUGGAGCAUCCUGAAAAAAUGCAUCGGCAUGGAGCUAUCAAAGAUUGCCAUGCCCGUGAUCUUUAACGAGCCCUUGAGCUUCCUCCAGCGGAUUACCGAGUAUAUGGAGCACACCUACCUCAUCCACCAAGCGAAUGCUGCAACAGACUCAACUGAGCGCAUGAAGUGUGUUGCAGCGUUUGCUGUAUCAGCUGUAGCAUCCCAGUGGGAGAGGACAGGGAAGCCCUUCAACCCACUACUGGGGGAGACGUAUGAGCUGAUCAGAGAGGAUCUGGGCUUCAGGUGGGUGUCUGAGCAAGUGAGCCAUCACCCCCCGAUCAGUGCCUUUCACGCCGAGGGCCUCAGGGAGGAUUUUCUCUUCCAUGGUUCGAUAUAUCCCAAGCUGAAGUUCUGGGGGAAGAGCAUAGAAGCCGAACCCAAAGGGACCAUCACUCUGGAGCUUCCCAAACACAACGAAUCCUACACCUGGACGAACCCCACCUGCUGCGUCCACAACAUCAUCGUCGGUCAGCUCUGGAUUGAGCAGUAUGGGAACGUGGAGGUCAUCAAUCACAAAACCGGAGAGAGGUGCAACAUGACUUUCAAGCCCUGCGGCCUCUUUGGGAAAGAGCUUCAUAAAGUCGAAGGGUACAUCCAAGACAAAAGUAAAAGGAAACUCUGUGCAAUAUAUGGCAAAUGGACUGAGUGUCUCUACACAGUCGACCCCGCAAAUUUUGAUGCCCACAAGAAGGCGGAUAAAAAAAACCUGGAGGAGAAAAAGAGCAAUAAAGAGCCUCAGAGCAGUGUUGAUGAGGAGUCCGAAGAGAAGCCCCCGCCUGAUGCCGAGACGGUCCAGGUGAUCCCUGGGAGCGAGCUAAUCUGGAAGAUAACCCCUCGACCGGAAAACUCGCCCCAGUUCUACGCAUUCUCCACAUUCGCCAUGCAACUGAACGAGCUGGACAAGAGCAUGGAGGGCAUCCUUCCGCCCACCGACAGCCGCUUAAGGCCUGACAUCCGUGCCAUGGAGAAUGGAGACAUAGAUCUGGCGAGCGCAGAGAAGAAGAGACUUGAGGAGAAACAGCGCAUGGCCCGUAAAAACCGGUCCAAAUCCACAGAGGAAUGGAAAAUGAGGUGGUUUCAGCAAGGACCCAACCCUCACAACAAAGCUCAGGACUGGCUCUACACAAAAGGCUACUGGGACAGAAAUUACACUCGACUGCCUGACAUUUACUAAACGUAAAACACGCUCAGAUAUACUUAUGGAUUUCCAUUCUACUACCUUUGGACAUCUGCUGCUGCCCUGGUGACGCAAUACCAGCUCAACGAUGGAGUUGGCAUGGAAAAGGAGAUGUUUGUGUCUCAGGUUGUGAGGAAAAAAUGCAGAUCUGUGUGAACAAAACAAAAAAAGCACAAAAACUCUUUUUUACCAAUUUAACGGUAUUAGCAUGUGGUGGAACGACUAGGACAUAUUUUAGAACUAUUGCGUGUUAGGUAAAUGGGGUGUUUUAAAGGGCAGCCGUAGUUUAACUCAAGCAUGCUCGUUAUUUCUAGUCAGUCAGGUGAACAUUUUACUCAUCAGUGUCAGUGCAGUGAGGCGAUAACAGUUCUUCAAGCGGCUCAGCCUGAGCUCAUUUUUCCCAAAACACAGCUACGGCUCUGAUUGACACUUAUGCAUGUAUAUUAUUAUGCAGUGCAUAGUUUAGUUUAGUUAGAUAAGCUCAGAUAGAUUUGUAUGAGGUAAGGUCACUACCAAUAUAAACUUGUACAUAAAAGGAUAGUUGUGUCCAUAUCAGUCAGAAGUUGUGCAUAACAUUUGUAA